AUGCCUCGCCAUCACCAUCUCCUCCGCCGGCACCCCGCUGCUCCAGAAGAAUCACCCUCUGAGUCCACUCAACAACGCCCAAGUAGGUCACGACUGGGCCAACAUGCAGCGGCACAGUCUCAAUUCCAGACACCGCCGGCGCAAGGCAUCCCCCAGCUACAUCCCUCAUCGGGGCCCAUCGAACCAGCCGAACCAGCUCAUCCAGCCGCCGCCGCCCAGGCGGCUCUCUUCUCCCUAUUUGGCCGAGGAGUCGCAGGACGUCCACGGGCACAGAUGAUGGAAGAUGACGAGGAGGAAGAAGACGACAGUCAAUUCGAAGACGAAUACGAGCACGAUGAAUACAACUCCCAAGAGAACGCGGAUCACGAAGCCCAACUCUCCGAAGAGGACAUGGAGGGGAUGGUCGAGGACGACCUAGAAGUAAUAGACGAGGACGAAGACGAGAUCAUGCACGAUCGAGCAAGAUCGCCAUCGCCGCUCCCCAGCAACCUCCGAGAAAUAUCCUCGCUCGCCUCGUGGACCGUUUCAACUCACAAGCCCGGUUGCGGCGUUUCGGCCCUGCGACACCCCUCGCCGACACAGUAUUGGCAAUCUGACGGCCCACAGCCGCACACGCUUACUCUACACUUCUUCAAGCUGGUCGCGGUGGUUAAAAUCCGGGUAUACCUCGACUUUGACCUGGACGAGAGUUACACACCCACGAAGAUGACGUUUCUUGCCGGCAUGGGCGGGAACGAUCUCGUUGAGUUUGCGACGUGGGAAGACGAGACGCCGUGUGGGUGGGUCGAUGUACCGUUAGAAGGCGUGGGCGGACGGGACGGAGGAUGGGUGCGGAAGAAGCGACAAAAUCGAGCGCGGAAGGGCGGGAAGGGGAAGUCCUCGGCAUGGCCGGACUACAUGUUUUCUGAUACGGAGAAUCCGGCGGAGUUCAACCUGGCUGCGUACGAAGAUGACGAUGAGGAGACUACCAUCGAAGAUGACGAGGAUGAUCCGUACGCGGGGAGCGUGCUCAAGGCGAUGGUGAUCCAGAUGCGUGUGAUGGAGAAUCAUCAGAAUGGUAAGGACACCCAUGUGCGCGGGUUCCAGGUCUUUGCGCGGGACGACGAGCGUCGGCGGAUUGGCAAUGCGCCGUCCGCUUCUGCUGAUGGGAGGAUCCGGAGGCAUAGUAUGCGGAAGUCGCUUCGCGGAGCGGCGGAUGAUGGGACGGAUGGGCAUGGUAUCCAUGGGGAUGCGAACCCGGAAAAGGUUGCUGCGCUAGAAGAGCCCGAUUGGAUGGGGGAGCCUGUCAUUCGCUAG